AUGGCGGACGCCAACGCGUCGGCCUGGGCCACCCAGAUACUUGGGAGCGACUUCAGCCAAAUGUCUGCAUCAGGUCCAACAAACGACACGAGGCAGAGCCAGGAGCCGUCUGCUGUCGAUGACCUUAUGGCAGGGCUGCGUGAGUUUCAAUCACGGCCUGCCGAUACUUUUGAGGGCCCCGGCCUGCAAUCAGCAUUGCAGCACUUGGAGCAACUGGGCCAGCCAGAUCCUGUACUAUCAACGAUCUCCCCAUCGGAACUGAUGGGAUCGACCAACCCAGACAUGGCUCAGACUCCAUUACUGCCAAUACCUGGUCAAGACUCUCUCACGUUACCUGUCCUUGGAUCCUUAAAUACUCUCGAGUCAUCAGAACCAGAUGAGGAGCCGAAUGAAGACGAUACCAACGAAUAUCUUGUCACCUUGUCGCUGGCCGCCAACAUGCGCCCCGCGUAUUUGAGGAAGAUUGCCAAUGAAAAAGAUGCCCUCACGGAGCUGAUGACCGCCCUGUCGCAUGCAAGGGAACCCGAUGCGGCAGCCGUCGAUGCAUGCAGAAAGGUCUUGGCUGAGCUGUUGGAUAUAUGCGACUUGCCCAGCUUCGACGGUGGUGUUGGUGAUCUGUCAGGGGAGGCUAUGACGAGGCAUGCAACCGGCACGAACAGCAAGAUGCUGUUUGUUUAUGAAUUACUGCAUGCGCUUCGGGAUGCGCCCUUGCAGGUCCUGAUUCUGGUCAGACCUGGUCGAGCAUACGACUAUUUGGAGGCCAUACUCAAGAAUGAUGGGUUCAAAUUUCGCCGAGCGGAAAAUUCGCAGUCGCAGAACGAAGAUGCCGGUCCACUCAGUGUUGUCCUUGCGUCAACAGAACAAAACCCGACCCUGCACCCAUCGUUCGCUAAUGUUGUCAUUGGCUAUGAUGAAGCCUCCAGGUCGAGUGGGCUUUUGACGCCAUAUAUUGUCUCGAGCAGCGAGAGGAGACCGAUAGUGUUGACACUGGUAGUAAGCUAUACAGUGGACCACCUCGACGUGGUAUUGACAAGAAAAAUGGAGUCAAUCGAAAGGCUCAAUGCUCUAUUCCUGAGCACGUUGCAAAUUUGGAGCAAUCUCAUAAAUCCCCCUUUCCUUGGCCCACGAGGGGAACCGCACGAUAUAGCGCAGAAUUUUGCCUCUCUGAUCCAGGACCCAAGCUAUGACUGGGCAUGGAUGCCGGAAACAAUCCCUGACUCGGCCCUCGAUGUCUUCGAAAGCUCGCAGGCCGACCAGCUGGCCAAUAUCGCUAGGAUUUCGAGCAGUCUUGAGCAACCGAUGGAACCAUCCCGGUCGGCGAGUCGCAAACGUGAAUUGGAGGAUACUGAUGAUCGAAGGGACGGCGCAAAACGCGUGAAGGGUAUCCCGGCCUCCUCGCUAGAACAGUCUCGCCGUCGACCGCAGUUUAGCGAAGCGGUCGAGUCGGUCCUGUCGCAACUGCCCAUAUCAGAUGGACCCGUAGCCGAGAUUAGCGUGGCUCACAUUGAAGCUAUCGUCAGGGAAAAUGAAGUCUUGAAGGAGAAAUUGGGUGAAAAGGCAAAAGUUUCGGCCGCGCUUGCCAACAGGCUGGACGCGUUGAACAAGGAACAUCAAGGCUACAUCAGGACGUUCAAUGUGUUCCAGAAAAGGUACAUGGAAGCAGUGGGUGACCGCGGCAAGUUUGAAAAGGACCGAGACGUGGCUUUCACCCAAUUGGACAAGAUAAAAUCAGAAGCUGCGGAAGCGAAGAGCACAAUCGCAGCUUUGAAAGAGGAGAAUACAGGACUCAGGGAUCAGCUACACGAUGCGACUACAGCACUAGCUAAGUCGGAGGUGCCGGAUCUAGCCAAGCUCGGGGAAGUGCAGCAGAAGCUGCAAGAAGCAGAGACAAUGCUGGCCGGGCUGCAAAAGAAGCUCGCGGUGCAGGACAAGGACCUCGAGCAUGCACGCAACGCAUACCAAGAGGCCAGCAGCCGGGCCGCGGAGCUCGGCAACGAAAACCGGGCGCUCGCGGCCAGCAACGCGGUGCUCACACAAAAGGCCAGCGAGAACCGCGUCAAGAUCCACGAAAUCCAGACGAGCAACGAGCAGGUCGAUUUCGACCUCCUGAGGCGCCAGGCCGAGGCGACGGUGGCCGAACGCGAGCGCGAGCUGGAGAAGCUGCGGGACGAGCUUCGGGCGCUCAAGGGCAGGCGCGAGACUAGGGGUCAGAGCGUGCCACGCAGUCCCCGGCUGGGCGUCAUGAGCCCUCGCGGCAACGGCAACGGCGGGGCUGUCGGUGCCCGUAGCAGAGGGACGAGCCCCGUGCCGCCCAUGUUUGGGGAUGUCGGAAUGAUGAGUGGCUUCCAGGGGAAUCCACGGAUUGACCAGAUACGGCGUGGUUGA